ACAUUAUACACCAACAUGUUAGAAUAAGCAACUUAAUUAAGUGUUUAUAGUAUGGAUAAGUUAUUUCUGUAUAACCAAAGAAAAGAUAAAGUCAAAUUACUUUCAUUUAAGGUAUAAACUGUUUCUUUCCAUCAGUUUAUGAAGGGGGAUAAGUCCUUUUAUGGAAAAACUAAACUGACAGCAGAGAAGUUCAUUUUGGAAAAUUUCCUAAACUUGGCAAUUUUGAGAUAGCAGUAUCAUCUAUGUGCAGCUAAGUUACUGUGCCAAAUUUAUCAGUUUGAAGAUUUCCAAAUGAAGUGGGCUUUUGAAACUCUAGAACGAUAUAAGAAAAGGUUUUGCAUGUUUAAUGAUGAUAUACAGGGCACUGCCGGUGUUGCACUUGCUGGAUUAUUGGGAACAGUAAAAUCUCAAGGUCGACCAUUGUCUGAUUUUGUGAACCAAAAGAUAGUUGUGGUUGGAGCUGGGAGGGCUAGGGGUUCUAAAAAUGGCCAUCGAGGCAGUUGCAAGAACAUAUUGAUCACAUAGCUGAUCAAAGAUGGGAGAAUCUGGACCACAGAGGUGAAGUAUAGUACAAGAAGUUAUCAUCAAAUUAAUUACAGGUCGGGUAUAUAGUCAGAAACAAUUAAUAAUGUGUCGGAAAUGGUGAAAAACCCUCUAGUUAAAUAC